AUGAAGAUGCUUCGACAAUUACUACAAUAUCUGCUUUUACAUUUUGUUACCUUGAAUCUAUUAACUCAAGGAAAUCCAACAACAAGUGAUGUGGAUGACAUGAAAUAUGAUGCGAUAUAUAAUGAUGGAGCAAUAAGAACCCCAAGACCACCGAAUACUUAUAAGCCGAAAAUUCCUAGUAUGAAGGGCGAACCUGAAAACGGACCUAAGUUUGUUCAGGACAGUUACAGAGCUACAAUUCUAGAGACAUGUGAACUGAAUGCUGCAAUACUUAAUGUAGAGGCCAAAGAUACACAUACAUCUCUCAUAAAGUACAGUCUGUCGGGACCUGGCAGUGAUUAUUUCCAUAUAAAUCCGCUGAAUGGAGUCAUAACUUUGGCCAAAGUCCUGGAAUACAAUAGUAUUAACAGAUUUAACCUUGAUGCCUAUGCUGAGGAUUCAAAGGGUUUUUCCAGCUCUGCACCAGUGAUCAUAGACAUACAGGAUGUGGAUACAAUGAAUCCUCAUUUUAUUUUUCCAUUAUAUGAAGGCUUGAUUUCAGAAAAUAAGAAAGGCAUCUUAUCUACCCACCCAGAGGAGAUAAAAGCUGUUGACGGUGAUCUUGGUAUAAAUGAGACUGUAUAUUACUCUAUCACUAAGGUGUACCCUCCUGAGUUCAGGAAUGUUCUUUCCAUUGACCAAUUUAAUGGAACCAUUUCUCUUAACAAUGAAAUAGACAGAGAAACUGUCAGUCAUCUCAUUGUGGAAAUUAAGGCUGUUCAACAAAAUAGUUAUUUUAAAAGUGCUGAUUCUGUGGUGCUGAUCACCAUUCUGGAUGAAAACGACAAUAUGCCAGAGUUUUCACAGGCCAUCUAUGAGGCUGAUAUACCUGAAAACUCACCAUCUGGAUCGAAGAUUCUUGUUCUAUCAGCCAGUGACAAUGACCAGGAUGGAUUAUCCAAUGGAUACUUCCAUAGUAAUAAUACCAUGUUCACUGUGGAUAAAAACGGGGUAAUGUAUUUUAUUCAUGGCAACCUUGACAGAGAAUUAACACCAAGAAUACAUGUCCAGGUCUGGGUGUUUGAUGCGGCAUCAGGUGGUCGUAAUUCCAGUGCAGAGGUCAUCAUAAACAUAACUGAUGUCAAUGAUAACAACCCACAAUUUCAUAACCUGCCUCUUCAUUAUACCGUCCCUGAAGGGGACUACACAGAAAACACACCACUCCUAGUGGCUACGUUAAAUGUAUCUGACUUGGAUACAGGAUUAAAUGGAAAUGUUACAAUAACUGUAAAUGCUGAAGAUGGAGACCAGAGUUUUAAAGUGCAGAAUGGGAAUAUUUUUGCGUAUGGACCAUUAGACAGAGAAGUAAAGGACAAAUAUGUGUUGUUUUUAGUAGCAUCGGAUAAAGGAAGUCCACCAAGACAGAGCUUUGCAGAUGCAGUGAUUGUCGUAGAGGACGUUAAUGACAAUGCGCCAACUUUCACUAAAGAAGAAUACUCUGCGGAACUGGUUUUAAAUAAAGUCAAAGCAGGAGCUACCAUUGUGUCUGUAUCAGCUACUGACCAGGAUUUCGGGAACAAUUCCCUUAUUUCUUAUAGGUUUGUGCAGCCUCAUAGUGGAUUUUCCAUUAAUGAAGAAAAUGGAGACAUUAUUUUGACAAGUGAUGUAUCUGCUGAUACCAUGAAAACUAAUGUAGUAUUACCUGUGAUCGCAACUGAUCAUGGUGCUCCGGCCUGGUCAUCUACUGCUACAGUAAUUAUCAAAGUUUCAGAAGGCCAAACAGAGUUUGUGAAUUCCACCUAUAAUUUCAGUCUUCUUGAAGGGAUGCCGGAAGGCAGUGAUGUUGGUUCCGUUGAGGUUACUUCAGGGCCAGAUGUGUCAAUAAUGUAUUUUGUUCAAACAUAUCCAGAUUUAUUCUCCAUUACAGAAAAAGGUACAAUUAUUACACGUGCCAUGUUAGAUCGAGAGGAACAAGACACCUAUAAUAUUCUUGUGACGGCUGUGGACUCUCAGGAUCCGCCUAAUACAGCAGCUGCAGUGGUCACCAUCAUAGUUAUGGAUGUGAAUGAUAAUUUACCAGUCUUUUCACCACUCAUGAACUCCAAUAUCACAUGUCUAGAAAACAAGAAUUUCCAGGAUUUGGCCAACAUUGUUGCUAUUGACCUGGACAUUGGAAACAAUAGUGCCAUAACGUAUUCUUUGGAAAAUGAUUUUAAUAGCACCUUUAAUAUUAACAGUGUUACCGGCAAAUUGAUGAAUAUAAAGCCAUUGGAUGCAGAUAAAAGGAAUAGCUAUGACCUCAAAGUUAUAGCUAAAGAUAGUGGGAUUCCCCCACAAACAUCAACAGCAUUGAUCCAUGUUACUGUUCAGGAUGUUGAUGACAACCGCCCCGUCUUCAAAAGGAAUAUAUACAACAUUACAGUAAAAGAGAAUGAACCCCCUCAUGUGAUACUAAAUGUUUCUGCCGUGGAUCUAGACUUUGGGCCCAGUACUUCCCUUUUAUAUUCCUUCAUUGAAGUCUCUGACUUGUUUUACAUUGGAGAAGAGUCUGGUUUUAUCUCCAACCUGAAGCCUUUAGACUUUGAAGAGAAGACAGAACAUGUAUUGACAGUGACUGCACGCAGCUUCGGAAACCCUCAUCCAGAGAGCACUGCCACCGUCAUAGUGCAUGUAGAAAAUGUCAAUGAAGAAGGGCCUACAGUGGAGCAUCCAACAUACCAUAUGGUAAUAUGGGAUGGGGAAUUUGCAACAGGAAGUAUUAUCCUUGAUAUUAAUGCAAAUAAAGGAAAUAAAGGUAUGGAUGAAGGGAUCCACUAUUCUAUUUCAGGUAAUAACAGCGAGGAACUUUUUUCAAUAGCAAAUGGAACGGGUCACAUAUUUUUAACAAAAGAUCUUCCAAUACACAGCUCCCCGGAGUAUUAUGCCCUUACAGUCACUUGCACGGACAGUGGGGCACCACCUCAAUCAACAUCUGUCAAGGUGUUUGUGGUUAUGUCACCAAGCAACAUUACUGUGCCAGUUUUCUCAUCAGAUUAUUAUAUUCCUGAAUCCCUCAAUAACUGGACUGUGCCUAAUACAUAUUUAAUACAGAUCAAAGCAUUUUAUUUACGCUCGUCCCUUAUAUACAGCAUAGAGGAUGAGAGGAAUGAAGAUUAUUUUGUCUUGGAUUCAAUGUCUGGAAUAAUGAGAACUAAGAAACUUCUAAAAAUCGAAGACUUUCCUUGCAAUGUGACUGUAAAAGCAACAGAUUCUCAAAAGCCCUGGAUAUACAGUGAAGCUAUGGUGCACGUGACUGUUACCAGUGAUAACCACUAUGCUCCUGUCUUCACUAAUUCUUUGAAAAAAGUGACAGUGAAAGAGGAGCAGACUGUUCCUACAUUUGUCGCUCAGGUUCAGGCUACAGACCAGGAUGCAGGCAGAGACGGUAUUGUCACCUAUUCUAUCCUGAACAGUCACUCCACAUUAUUUUCUAUAGACGACACAAAUGGAAAGGUCGUCGCAGCGAAACCAUUUGACUUUGAAAAUGGAACUCAUGAAUUCCAGGUUUUCAUUUGUGCGGAGGAUGAUGGGAUGCCACAUAAAAAACAAGACUACCUUACUCUCAUUGUCCAAGUACUGGAUGUUAAUGACUAUAAGCCAGAAUUUUCACCACAUGAGCCUAUGUAUGUUAAAGAAAGUGCACCAGCUGGCACCGUAGUUGGCCAAAUCACAGCCACUGAUGGGGAUAGUGGAGACAAUGCUUUCAUAGUCUACAGUCUGCUGGAUGGCAAUGACCAGUUUAGUAUAGAUAGACUACUCGGGAACAUUUUCGUAAAAAGCCCUCUUGACCAUGAAAUGAAAGAAAUGUCAAUGCUAACUGUUACAGCCCGUAAUAACAAGACAGCUCCAUUCUACCAGUCUACAACUAAUGUCACUGUUUUCAUACUGGAUGAAAAUGAUAAUCCUCCGCAGUUUAUGCAGAAAACAUAUUUCACUGAACUAGAUGUGAACAGUCCAGUUGGUUCAUAUGUGAUAGCUUUAAAUGCAACAGAUAAGGAUGAGGGCAAUAAUGGGGUUGUGGAGUAUUCCCUGUUGACUGACAUGUCACCCACUUCUUUUCUGUUUGAAAAUGUAAGAGAUGGAAAAAUAAUCACGGCUACAAACCAUCUGGAGCCUGGGAAAGUCAAUCUAUCAGUGAUUGCUAGAGACAGAGGGUCUCCUUCCCUCAGUGUCAUGGCCUCGGUCAUUGUCAAUUUAGUAAAUCUGAAGAAACCAUCGCCAGCUUUUAGCCCUAAUGAAGUAAGCACUGUUCUUAGGAACAAUAAACCCGAAGAUGAACCUGUAUUUACAUUUUCUGCUAAGAAUACUACAGGACAAAAUGUCAUGUAUAGAAUUGUGGCUGGUAAUGACAAAGGUCACUUUUAUUUGGAUGAGAAAACCGGAAAGUUAUGGACAACAAAAGAAUUUAAUAAAGAUGUCCAAUCGUUCUAUAAUCUCACUGUGGAGGUAGAUACACAGCCUAAUACCCAAGGUCCACUGCCUCCUAAUCGGGCUCAAUUACAAAUCACUGUACAAAAUGCCAAAGAAGGUCCAGUGUUUGAAAAGGAAAUAUACGUCUCUACGAUUGCAAACACUGUGCCACCUGGAUACCCCGUCAUUAAAGUCAAGGCCAGAAGCAGAGAUUCUAUGAGAAAGCCGAUAUUUUUCUACAAAUUGGUGAAUGAUUUAGGGGGAGAGUUUCAUAUUGAUAAUCACACAGGACAGAUAGUAGUUGCCAAUGUGGCAGGAAAAACUGCGACUUUUCAAUUGAAAGUAAAGGUGACAGAUGAAAAUGGACUCUCUGCCCAAACUUUGGUUCAGAUACAAGUGGAAUCUCCAUCUUCUUCAAGUGAUAUUUCAGAGAUAAAAAUAAAUCAGACAUCAGAGGAUGUCAAGCUGCAUAUGAAAAAAAUCCUCAGGGCCUUGGAAGAAGUACUGCAGAAUAAAAUUACAAACAUCAGCUUGAAUUCUGAUUCCAGUAAUAAGCAAGAUACAGAAAUUAAAUUUAAAGUUGCUGGCGAAAGUAACCAAGAAAUAGACAGAAAACUUAAAGACAACUUACCCACAAUUCAGAAACAGCUGGGUUUAAUAUUUGGAAAGCCCACAGAUAUCUCCAUACCACAACCCCACAACUUUGCCCUGUUUAACAAAGUUAUAGAAGCUGUAGGCGGUGUGGCCUCUGUUGUGAUCCUGGCGGCUGCUAUUGCUGCUGCAGCAUUUUUUCUGACAAGGAAGCGCUCCAAAAGAUCAAGUAGUGAAUUGAGUGAUAAAACCAAUUCUGCAGGUGGCAGUGAUAUGGGCUCAAACAACAUUGUGAAAAAACAGAAUGGAGAUAAAAAGCCAGAUAUUAAUGGUGAUCAAUGUGGAGUACCUCCGCUUUCUGGAACUCAGAGUGAGAAAGAUGAACAUAUUGCUGGUGAAGAAAAGAAGAGAAAGAAGAAGCAACAUUUUGAUGCUGAUCACAAUGACACAUCUAAGCUCUCUGGAACUCCGAGUGAAAAUGAAAAACUUGAAGCUAUUUCUGAAGAGGAAAACAAGAGCACAGACAAAGAAGAUGAGGAGUCUACUGAAAAGAAGAUGGAUGAAACUGUGGCAGACACACCGGAACAAACUGAGGAGAACACCUUACCGGAUGAAGACUGGAAAACUUCCCAGAAUCGCUCCAAAAGAUCAAGGAAUGAAUUGCUUGAUAAAUUCUUUUCUGCAAGUGGUGGUGAUACAAGCUCAAGCAACAUUGUGAAAGAAGAGAAUGGCCAGAAGAAGCCAAAUAUUGAUGCUGAUCAAUAUGAUGUAUCUAAACUUUCUGAAACUGAGAGUAAAAAUGAAAAACAUGAAGAUACUUCUAAAGAGGAAAACAAGAGCACAGACAAAGAAGAUGAGGAGUCUACUGAAAAGAAGAUGGAUGAAACUGUGGCAGACACACCGGAACAAACUGAGGAGAACACCUUACCGGAUGAAGACUGCACAAAUGAGGGAGACAAGGAGCCUCCUGAACAGCAUAUGGAUCAAACUGUGGCAGACACACAGGAACAAACUGAGCAGAACACCUUACCGAAUAAAGACUGGAAGACUUCCCAGAAUCGCUCCAAAAGAUCAAAUAAUGAAUUGCUUGAUAAAUUCUUUUCUGCACAUGGCGGUGAUAUGGGCUCAAGCAACAUUCUGAACAAAGGGAAUGGCACAGAGAAAGCAGAUAAGGAGUCUCCUGAACAGCAGAUGGUUCAGACUGUGACCGACACACAGGAACAAACCGAGCAGGACACCUUACCGGAUAAGGACAGCACAGAGAAAGCAGAUAAGGAGUCUCCUGAACAGCAGAUGCUUCAGACUGUGACCGACACACAGGAACAAACCGAGCAGGACACCUUACCGGAUAAGGACAGCACAGCUCCUACAGAUGAGGAAAUACUAGAUGUGGAGAUAAGUGAAACAGUAACAUAUACUGUGGAGCCAUCUGAUGAAAACAGCGAAUCGGAGCAAAGUGUACAUGAAGUUGUAACAAUAACUGAAGAAGAAAUAAUAAAAAAAAAAGACGGAGAAGAGAUAAAGAUAACCGAGGAGAAACAGAUAGAAUUAGUAGAAACGUGGGAAUCCUAUGAGAGUACUGAAGGUUCUGAAACGGAUCCUACUAAAAAUGAUGAAAUAAAGGAGGAGAUCCCUGAAUCCACAGAUGAUGUUGUCAUCAUUCAAGCGAAUGAGCAGAGUGAUGACAAUGAGAAGAUGACAUGUGCUGGUAAAAUUGUGGACGGGGAAUAAAAACAGGAAUAAAAACACUGCUUAUUUCUAAACCUAUUUUUACAUUGCACCUCACAGUGACUUCAGAGCUUUAUGCGAU